AUGGUGGUGCAAAAGUUUAAGAAGGAUGGUACUUCAAAUGUCAUCAAUCACGAUUUGGAUUUGAGGUUUUUCAUUCACUACUGCAGCUCACAAGGGAUUGACUUGUUGAAGUUUGAAAUCCAGUUAAGGACUUGUGUUGAUUCUAUCUCUUCAUCAUCUUCUUCUGCUCGUGCUCCUGCAUCUUCGUCAUCAUCAAGUUGUAUUUCAAGUGAUGAGGUAGUUGUUGUGGAAGAUGUCAUUGAUGACGCGUGUUUGAUCAAAAAGGUACCGAAGAAGUCUGAUGCUUGGGUCAACAUCUUAACUGGAGUAGGGAAAUUGUUUGAAGGUGGUAUCGUUGAAGUUAAUAACUGUGUUAAAAAUUUAGCUUGUUCUGAUCCAUCAAAAGUUAGGAUGAGAAAAUCGUUUAUGAAGAAUAUCUUAGCAGAUGAUUUACGAGCAUCGAAGAAGAAGAAGACUGCUUCUGAUGUUAUAGAUUUAUUCCGCAUGAAAUAUGGAGUUGACCUCACGUAUAGUCAGGCAUACCAUGGUUUACAAUUCACCAAUGUGACGCGUCAGUUUAAAAAGUUUUUCGUUUCUUUUGAAGCUUCCAUAACUGGUUUCAACAAUUACUGUCGUCCAAUGCUAUUUAUCGAUUGCACGUUUCUCACCGGGAAGUUCAAAGGUGGUCUUAUGGUUGCUUGCGGCAAAACUGGUAGCCAAGAGAUCUAUCCAGUUGCAUUUGGAAUUGUUCCUUAUGAAAAUUGUGAGAGUUGGCAAUGGUUAUUAACCAAUUUGAAGGGGCAAGAGCAGACAAACUGCAGUCAAGUUAUUCGAUCAGUGUUCACUGCAUUAACAAAGGAAAAUUUUUAUGCUGCUGCGAAGAGUAUGAGUAAUCUAAAGUUGGAUUCAGUGGUUGCUUGGAUGAUGAAGAUUCCAUUUGAGAAAUGGGCUGCUCAUGCAUUUCCAAGAGAGAGGUGGGGUGAGAACACUUCUAGUAUUGCUGAGAGUUUUAAUAAUGUUAUUAAGCAUGAUAAGCCGCUUCCAGCACUUGAGCUUGUCGAUGUUAUUCGUGCUAAGGUAAUGGAGCAGAAUUACAAGAGGUUAUUGGAGUCUAACAAGUGGACUAUAGUGCUUACUCCACGUAUGCAAGCGAGGUUUAACAAGAGGAUAAGCGACUGCCAUUCAUAA